UCAAAACUCAUUUGAAGUCAAAGUAUAAAUAAUAUAACAGCGGAGAGCUUUGCCUAUUUAUGGUGCAAAUCUGGAGGGGGGCUUCAUUGGACUCUCUUCUUUCCUUCUUUCUUCUGAUUUUCUCAGGUAUGCAGGUUUUUGACAUCUGAACAAAACUUUUGCUGCGUGAAAAUCUGAGAAACGGGGACUCUGCUUGACAACUUGGGGACCAAGUUUAAAAUGUCAUCAGUAAGCAAGGUUGAUAGGAAGACAGCUCUAGAUGUGGCCUCAUGGUUUUUCAAUAUUGUCACUUCUGUGGGAAUAAUCAUGGUCAACAAAGCCUUGAUGGCCACGUAUGGCUUCAGUUUUGCUACAACAUUAACCGGUUUGCACUUCGCCACUACAACCCUGUUAACCGUUCUUAGAUGGAUGGGUUAUAUUCAGGACUCUUAUAUACCUUUACCUGAUCUUCUCAAGUUCGUUUUAUUUGCGAACUUCUCUAUUGUUGGAAUGAAUGUGAGUUUGAUGUGGAAUUCUGUGGGCUUCUAUCAGAUAGCAAAGUUGAGCAUGAUUCCAGUAUCUUGCUUUCUGGAAGUUGUUUUUGACAAGGUCCGCUACUCGAGAGAUACGAAGCUUAGCAUUGUACUUGUUUUCCUUGGAGUUGCUGUCUGUACUGUUACGGAUGUGAGUGUGAAUGUCAAGGGUUUUUUAGCUGCUGUAAUAGCAGUCUGGAGCACAGCCCUGCAACAGUAUUAUGUACAUUUUCUUCAACGCAAGCAUUCUUUAGGAUCUUUUGACUUAUUGGGACAUACUGCUCCGGUACAAGCUGCAAGCCUGCUGUUAGCUGGUCCUUUUGUUGACUAUUGGUUAACAGAGAAAAAGGUUUAUGCCUAUAACUACACUAUGGUAUCAAUGUUUUUCAUAAUCCUAUCGUGCACCAUUGCGGUUGGGACGAACCUCAGCCAAUUCAUCUGCAUCAGCCGGUUUACAGCCGUAUCGUUCCAAGUGCUUGGCCAUAUGAAGACUAUUCUUGUCCUGAUUUUAGGGUUUCUUUUCUUCGGGAGAGAAGGUCUUAAUCUACAUGUAAUUCUGGGCAUGGGCAUUGCAGUAGCAGGAAUGAUCUGGUAUGGCAAUGCCUCCUCCAAGCCCGGAGGAAAAGAGCGUUGGGCUUAUUCAGCUCCAAGCAACAAAUCACUAAAACCGGACAAUUUAUUCGAGCCCACCGAGACGGACGAGAAGGUUUAACGAUUCGAUUACAAGUUCAACGAAACUAAAGGUAAAGAUUUAGAGGAGAAAACUGAGCCAUUUACACGAGAGGGUUGAAACUAUUACUAUUUUUCUGGGUUAAUCAUUUCCUCGUUUCUUUAAUUUAUUACCCACGUGAAAAUGACGCUGCUGAUAGAGGAAGCAAAUUCCCUGUAAACCCAGCAUCAUUUUCCUCUAAUAAUAUUUUGCUCAAAGUAAUAUAUUGCCUU